AAUGAUUCAUCACCAAUCCCCAGAGGCCACAGCAAAAUCCAAAUCAAGAAUUUCGAUGCAAAAAAAGUAUAAUACUUUACCUCAACUGGGAAAGAAAGCAUCAGUCAAAAAAAGGCACCAAAGUGAAAAGACUUCAAAUUUACCUUUUCUUUCCUGACAAGAAACGAAGCCCAUCUUCACUAUAUAUCCAUUAUUUGGUGCUGAGAACUCUCUCAUUCAUAUUCUUCAGUUCAUCAAUAAGUUCCAAACGCUUUACCAGAAUUAUUGUUUGAUUUCAGCACCAUGAGCAACCAAGCAGAGUCCUCUGAUUCUAAGGGUACGAAGAGGGACUUUAGUACGGCGAUUCUGGAGAGGAAAAAGGCGCCUAAUCGACUUGUAGUGGAUGAGGCGAUCAACGAUGAUAACUCUGUGGUUUCAAUGCACCCUGAAACUAUGGAAAAGCUCCAGCUUUCGGGGGACACCAUCUUGAUCAAGGGUAAAAAAAGGAAGGACACAGUUUGCAUUGCACUUGCUGAUGAUAACUGUGAUGAACCAAAGAUCCGAAUGAACAAGGUUGUCAGAAACAACCUUAGGGUUAGACUAGGAGACGUGGUUUCUGUGCAUCAAUGUCCUGACGUGAAGUACGGAAAGCGCGUCCACAUUCUUCCUGUUGAUGACACAGUUGAAGGGGUUACUGGAAACCUUUUUGAUGCUUACCUGAAACCAUAUUUUCUUGAGGCCUACCGACCUGUGAGGAAAGGUGAUCUGUUUCUUGUGAGGGGAGGAAUGAGAAGCGUGGAGUUCAAGGUGAUUGAGACUGAUCCAGCUGAGUACUGUGUUGUUGCUCCUGAUACUGAGAUCUUCUGUGAAGGAGAGCCGGUAAAAAGGGAGGAUGAGGACAGGCUGGAUGAGGUUGGAUAUGAUGAUGUCGGUGGUGUACGUAAACAGAUGGCUCAGAUCCGGGAGUUGGUAGAGCUACCUCUAAGGCACCCACAGCUUUUCAAGUCAAUUGGUGUCAAGCCUCCAAAAGGAAUACUGCUUUAUGGUCCUCCGGGAUCUGGGAAGACCUUAAUUGCCCGAGCCGUGGCCAAUGAAACUGGUGCUUUCUUCUUCUGUAUUAAUGGACCUGAGAUUAUGUCUAAACUGGCAGGAGAAAGUGAAAGCAACCUUAGGAAGGCAUUCGAGGAAGCCGAGAAGAAUGCACCAUCUAUUAUAUUUAUCGAUGAAAUUGACUCAAUUGCUCCCAAGAGAGAGAAAACCCAUGGGGAGGUUGAGAGGAGAAUUGUUUCCCAACUCUUGACGUUAAUGGAUGGACUCAAAGCUCGUGCCCACGUUAUUGUAAUUGGUGCCACAAACCGUCCCAAUAGCAUUGACCCUGCCCUGAGAAGGUUUGGGAGAUUUGAUAGGGAAAUAGACAUUGGUGUUCCUGAUGAAGUAGGCCGUCUUGAAGUUCUUCGUAUCCAUACCAAGAACAUGAAACUUGCUGAAGAUGUUGAUUUGGAAAGAAUUGCCAAGGAUACACAUGGCUAUGUUGGUGCCGACUUAGCUGCUUUAUGCACUGAGGCUGCACUUCAAUGCAUCAGGGAGAAGAUGGAUGUGAUUGACUUGGAAGAUGAUACAAUUGAUGCAGAAAUUCUGAACUCCAUGGCUGUUACCAAUGAGCACUUCCAGACUGCUCUUGGAACUAGCAAUCCCUCUGCUCUACGUGAAACUGUGGUUGAAGUGCCGAAUGUUAGCUGGGACGACAUUGGAGGCCUUGAGAAUGUCAAGCGAGAGCUCCAAGAGACGGUCCAAUAUCCUGUGGAGCAUCCUGAGAAGUUUGAAAAGUUUGGCAUGUCUCCAUCAAAGGGAGUUCUUUUCUAUGGUCCUCCUGGAUGUGGAAAGACUUUGUUGGCCAAAGCUAUCGCCAACGAAUGCCAGGCAAACUUUAUCAGUGUGAAGGGGCCUGAAUUGCUCACAAUGUGGUUUGGAGAGAGUGAGGCCAAUGUCAGAGAAAUCUUCGACAAGGCCCGCCAGUCUGCUCCUUGUGUCCUAUUUUUUGAUGAGUUGGACUCAAUUGCGACUCAGAGGGGAAGCAGCGUAGGAGAUGCUGGUGGUGCUGCUGACCGUGUGUUGAACCAACUUCUGACAGAAAUGGAUGGCAUGAACGCAAAGAAAACUGUUUUCAUUAUUGGUGCCACCAACAGGCCUGAUAUAAUUGAUCCUGCACUUCUCCGUCCUGGUCGUCUUGAUCAAUUGAUUUACAUCCCUCUUCCUGAUGAGGACUCACGCCAUCAAAUUUUCAAGGCAUGCUUGAGAAAGUCGCCGAUUUCCAAAGAUGUUGACCUAAGAGCUCUCGCAAAGUACACUCAAGGUUUCAGUGGUGCUGACAUCACAGAAAUUUGCCAACGUGCAUGCAAAUACGCUAUCAGAGAGGACAUUGAAAAAGACAUUGAGAGGGAGAGAAGACGACGGGAGAACCCUGAGGCCAUGGAGGAAGACAAUGAAGACGAGGUAGCAGAGAUCAAGGCUGCUCAUCUUGAAGAAUCAAUGAAGUAUGCCCGGAGAAGUGUAAGUGAUGCUGACAUACGCAAGUACCAGGCAUUUGCUCAGACAUUACAGCAGUCAAGAGGAUUUGGCUCUGAGUUCCGAUUUGCUGAGAAUAGCAAUGCUGCUGCAACUGGAUCCGAUCCUUUUGCAACGUCUUCAGGUGCAGCUGAUGAAGAUGACCUUUAUAGUUAAAUGCUCAUUGCAUCUUAAUGCAAUACCUAUGCUCCUAGAUUUAUACCACUACCCCUUCCGUAUACAUGAAAAUCGAUGCCACGGGAUUCAGUUGACAUAACAUACUGCUUCGAUUAUUAAUAGAAUAUCGUAAUACUUCACAGUAGUU